AUGUGGUCUAUGAAUGUCAUCAUCCUCCUACUAUUCUGCUAUGCCUGUCUUUCGACUGCCAAUGAGAAAGUGUGCUUCAUCUCCAAAAACUUUCACAAUGUGCUCCACUGGGACCCUGCAAAGCCUGCCUUCACUGGCGAAAAAAUCCUCUAUAGCGUCCAGUACUUGAGUUAUGAUAAGGAGCAGCGUCCCCAGAUAAAAAGAGAGUGUCAGAACAUUACUGCUCUGUCCUGUGACCUGACUGCAGAAACCCCAUCAUUUCAUGAUGUUCACUACCUGGCUCGGGUGUUCGUGAACGGUCGCUUACAUGGUCGCACCAAAAGGUUUAAACCACUAGCACACACUACUUUUGGUCCUCCCAUCUUGUCCACAUUCACAACGGCUUCAUCCUUGCAUGUUAGAGCCACCCUGCCCUUGGGGCCAAACGGAGUCUCCAUUGAGGAUAUUAUCACCCACAGCAAAACUAGUCCAACUUUAAUUGAAUAUACCUUAAAAAUCACCUCGCCAAAGUGGGCUAUACAGGUCAGUUUCACGUCUGGCCAGUUUGUCGUCAACUUGAAAAACAACCAAACCAAUUUCUGCGGCUAUGUGGUCUACAAGCCCUCAUCUGAAAGGGGUCGACCAGAGAGUCAGAAUGCCUCCUUCUGUGACACAUUAAAAGAGGAUCACGAGAGGCAUCUACCAUGGCCUCUCAUGAGUGUUGCUCUUCUGUUGGCAGUUAUCCUAAUAUCCGUUGUGUGCUCGUACAUUUAUGUGAAGCGUGGAAAGGGAAGGAACAUGCCACAGUCAUUGGUAACCAAUUUCGACAACCUGCCGAAAGUACUGCGGUCUCCAGAUAGGAAUCUGAUCCUUUCCAAACCAGUGGUCUGCACUCAAAGUGACCAAACAGUGGAAGUCCAGGCGAAGCCAAAUGUGACCCAAGCUAGAUUUGGAGGGUAUUCCCCUCAGGAUAUCCCCCACCAACUAUGGCAAGACAGCACUGGCUCCUAUGAUGGAACAGGGGUUCAUAGUCCAAUGUCAAAUCAGCAGGACACCAGCGCCCACUCAUCUGAAAUCUACAGUUCAGUGGCUGUUCAUGUCCCUGCUGAGGACAAUGAAGAUCUCCAGCAGGUUAAUAUGGAAGACAGAAAAAGCAGUGACCUACCACUUUCUUCCAACAGAGAUAGCUGGGAUAAAAGUGAAACAAGUCCAAAGCUGAUCUCACAUGGUGCUGUGCCAUUACCCAAUUUGGAUGCUUGUGAGAGUGAUCCAGCCAAGCCGCUGUUGUUGCAAACAGAGCGGGAUAUCAAUGGACAACUCAUCUUGCCUUCAUUCACUUUUCAGUUACAGAGCACCACAGAUGGUACUGAAUCACCCACUAAGCCUGAGAGAAAACCCCUUUUAUCGGACCUCAUAGUCUCCGAGAAUGAGGGGCCAUCAUUAGCAUCCUUGCAGCGCUUAGACAGCUCCGAGUGGUCAGACUCUGGGUGUGAUGAUAGCAGUGUAAACACACCAACUCAGUUUUACUGCAACACCUAUUAUUUCCCAAAUCAACCAGUUGUUCCUGAUUCCCUCCAAAGACAACCGAGCACACCAUGCAGUGAUGGAAUAUUUGAAUCAGGUUACAAACAAAACUGGGUGCCUGCAAUCGUUCUUGAAACUACAGCCAAAGACAACUGUGAAUACAGUAGGAUAAACUUUUCUGGUAUCUGUCCCAAAAAGGAGGAGGAAGGAGAGGAAGAUGAAGACUCAGCCAGCGAGGAGGCAUCAGGGCAAAUUUUUCUGGACGACUGGGUGGUACAAAUCCAAGAAUAA